AUGUGUAUUAUCACACUAACUCGUAUUUUCCACCUCACAUACCAGUACCCAACACUUGUCCGUGAAAUAACAACCCCGCAGCUUCCGGGAUUCAUUACUGCCGCCUUGAACUUGGUCUCUACCAUCACGAAGACUUCCUUGGGCUCAAUUAGAAAGCCGAAGCCUAGCACUCCUUUCAUGGAAAUUGUCCUGCACGCCCUGUUGGAAUUGAUCCCAAGACAUAUUACCAUCUUCCGUCCGUUUGGUGCCCAGCUUCGAACUCUCCUUGCCGAAGUAAUUGGCUCUUCUUCGCCUGCGUAUUUCCCGGGGCAUGUGAUCGACGCAGCUGAGCAGCUGCUUGUCUCUCUCCACAAGUGCGCACCCAAGGAUCAGGCGGGUUCCGGAUGGAAAGAUGAUUGCAAGUCUACCAUUUUGUCCAUUCACCGAACCACAGACCACGUUUUCCGAGCCGUUGUAGAGCAGUGGGAGUCUGUCGAUGCGACUCUGAUGCACACACGGCCAAACUAUAGCCAAGAAAUGGGUGAUGGGAGCUCAGAUGGCCUUGGACUUCCAGGUUGGAGCGGAUUGCACUCGGGCGUGGAUAGGUUGAUUGCACUUCUGCAGAUUCUUUCUGGUUUCAUCUCGAUGCCAUCCGCAGCUGCAGUUGCACUUCCCAUUGGCUCUAUCCUUGAUCUAACCUCCCGACUUACUUCUGUUACUGUUCCGCCCAAUGGCGCCGCGUCAUCUCAAUCCGGUAUUCAGUUCAACCAGGAAAUCAGCCGUGACGAGCGAGAGGCACUUUGGAUGGAGCUGCCUCGCAUUCACAUUGCAUGCAUGGGCUUGCUUUCCAACGUUGUGGGUAUAUUGGCAACCAGCGCAACCGCAGUGACCCACACUAUUCUAGAGCAGGCUGUGUGGACUUUCAAGGGCGAAAGGUUUAAUAGAGACCUGCGUUCGGCAGUCUAUGGUCUGCUUCGUUCUCUGGUGCCGGUGAACGGACCUGCGAUGACGAAACAGAGCGUGGUGUCUCUGACAGACGUUCUACGCUCCUGCUGCAAUGAUAUAUUGCCGCCGACUGGAGAUUCCAGCUCCACGGCAAAUUCGGGCUCUGAUUCUAAAGCAAAGUCAAAGGGCGGACAAGGGCAGCCAAUGCGGACGCCUUUCUGA